CCCUUGGCUCCCGGCCUUGCGAGCAGCAGCGAUUGCUGUGUGUGGAGCCUUUGUGCUCAGCCCAGGACUUGUGGUGCCAAGCAGCCUCUUUGGGAAACACAGCAUGAGUGUGGGGACAGUCCUCUUCCAGUCCAGCACCUAUGGCAAGGAGGGCAGGCUGCUCUGCUGCCUCGGUGAGGGUGCCUCCGAGCCUGGCGUGCGCUUCACAGAGGCCCUGCACCGCCCCUACGGUUGCGACGUGGAACCCCAGGCACUGAACGAAGCCAUCAGAUGGAGCUCCAAGGAGAACCUGCUUGGAGCCACUGAGAGCGAUCCCAAUCUCUUUGUUGCACUUUACGAUUUUGUAGCAAGUGGUGACAACACACUCAGCAUCACCAAAGGUGAGAAGUUGCGAGUCCUGGGUUACAAUCAGAAUGGUGAAUGGAGUGAGGUACGUUCGAAGAAUGGGCAGGGCUGGGUACCAAGCAACUACAUCACUCCAGUGAACAGCCUGGAGAAGCACUCCUGGUACCAUGGGCCAGUGUCCCGCAGUGCAGCAGAGUAUCUGCUGAGCAGCCUCAUCAACGGCAGCUUCCUGGUGCGGGAAAGCGAGAGCAGCCCAGGGCAGCUGUCCAUCUCGCUCAGGUACGAAGGACGUGUUUACCACUACAGGAUCAACACCACCUCGGAUGGGAAGGUCUAUGUGACAGCAGAAAGCCGUUUCAGCACCCUGGCAGAGCUCGUGCACCAUCACUCAACAGUGGCAGAUGGCCUGGUGACAACUCUGCAUUACCCAGCACCCAAGUGCAAUAAGCCCACCGUGUAUGGAGUGUCCCCCAUCCAUGACAAGUGGGAGAUGGAGCGCACCGACAUCACCAUGAAGCACAAGCUCGGGGGAGGGCAGUAUGGAGAGGUCUAUGUGGGGGUCUGGAAGAAAUACAAUCUCACAGUGGCUGUGAAAACGUUAAAGGAAGAUACCAUGGAGGUGGAAGAGUUCUUGAAAGAGGCUGCUGUGAUGAAGGAGAUCAAGCACCCAAAUCUAGUGCAGUUGUUAGGUGUGUGCACCCUGGAGCCCCCCUUUUACAUCGUGACGGAGUACAUGCCCUACGGGAACCUGCUGGACUACCUCCGGGAGUGCAACCGCGAGGAGGUCAGUGCUGUUGUGCUGCUCUACAUGGCCACGCAGAUCUCCUCUGCCAUGGAGUACCUGGAGAAGAAGAACUUCAUCCACAGGGACCUGGCAGCACGGAACUGCUUAGUUGGAGAAAACCACGUGGUGAAGGUGGCUGACUUUGGCUUAAGUCGACUCAUGACUGGUGAUACCUACACAGCCCAUGCUGGGGCCAAGUUCCCAAUCAAAUGGACAGCUCCCGAGAGCCUGGCCUACAACACCUUUUCAAUCAAAUCAGAUGUGUGGGCCUUUGGGGUGCUGUUAUGGGAAAUUGCCACCUAUGGGAUGUCACCAUACCCAGGCAUUGACCUCUCUCAGGUGUAUGAUCUGCUGGAAAAGGGCUAUCGGAUGGAGCAGCCAGAGGGGUGCCCUCCCAAGGUGUAUGAACUGAUGAGGGCAUGCUGGAAGUGGAACCCACCAGACCGACCUUCCUUUGCUGAGACCCACCAGGCUUUUGAAACCAUGUUCCACGACUCGAGCAUCUCAGAGGAGGUAGCAGAGGAGCUUGGAAGAACAGCCUCAUCCUCAUCCAUAGUUCCUUACCUGCCCCGCUUGCCCAUGCUUCCCUCCAAGACGAGAACGCUGAAGAAGCAGGCAGAGAACAAGGAGAACAUUGAAGGAGCACAGGACACCGUGGAGCACUCGGCAUCCAGCUCAGCACCAGGUUUCAUCAGAAGCACACAGCCAACAGGCGGGUCCCCCGCACUGCCCCGCAAGCAGAGGGACAAGUCCCCCAGCAGCCUCCUGGAGGAUGCCAAAGAGACCACGUUCACCAGGGACAGGAAAGGGGGCUUCUUCAGCUCCUUCAUGAAGAAGAGGAAUGCUCCCACGCCUCCCAAGCGCAGCAGUUCCUUUCGGGAGAUGGAGAACCAGCCCCAUAAGAAAUACGAGCUGACGGGUAACUUUUCCUCUGUUGCUUCCCUGCAGCACGUGGACGGGUUCUCCUUCGCUCCCACGCAGCAGGACACGAGCCUGGCACCCCCCAAGUGCUACGGAGGGAGCUUUGUGCAGAGGACCUUCUACAGCGAGGAGGGCUCUGGGCCCAGCAGUGCUGGGGGUGUGAGCACUGGUGGAGGGUGGUCGGGCAUCACUGGCUUCUUUACGCCACGCUUGAUUAAAAAGACGCUGGGUUUACGAGCAGGAAAACCCACUGGCAAUGAAGAAGCUUCAAAGCCUUUUCCAAGGUCAAACUCUACAUCUUCCAUGUCCUCAGGGCUUCCAGAGCAGGAUAGGAUGGCAAUGACCCUUCCCAGAAAUUCCCAGAGGUCAAAAAUUCAGCUGGAACGGACUGUGUCCACCUCCUCCCAGCCCGAUGAGAGCACAGGGAGGGCCAGUGACCUGAUACCCAAAAGGUUUGAUGAAGGCCCUGCUUUGACCAGAGAGAGACCAAAAGCAAAACUCUUGCCAAGGGGUGCCACUGCACUCCCUUUCCGAACUCCCUCCGCAUCGGAAGAAAAGGAGGGUCCAGGGCUAGUGGCUGCUCCUAAGGGCAAAGAAAAAAACAGUGGCUCACGACAAGGGGCCCUUGAGGAUGGCGAGAGGCCAGGGUGGUCAUCUCCGGUAAAGGCUGCAGCAAUACUUCCAACCACUCACAACCACAAAGUGCCAGUCCUAAUCUCACCCACUCUAAAACACACUCCAGCAGACGUGCAGCUCAUUGGCACAGACUCUCAGGGUAAUAAAUUUAAGCUCUUAUCUGAGCAUCAGGUCACUUCUUCCGGCGACAGGGACCGGCCCAGACGGGUAAAACCAAAGUGUGCUCCACCUCCACCACCGGUGAUGCGGCUCCUCCAGCAGCCAGCUGCCUGCUCGGAUGCAGCAGAAGAGCUGAGCAGCGGGGCGGGAGCGCAGCACGGACUGGAAUCCAGCGAAGGGAGUAAGAAGGCAGCAGCAGCACCUGUUGGUGGAAAAUCUGGGAGGCCCGUGAUGCCUCCGCCCCAAGUGCCUCUGUCAUCGUCUUCCACCUCCCCAGUGAAAAUGGCCAAUGGCACGGCCGGCGCCAAGGUGGCGCUGAGAAAGACCAAACAGGCAGCCGAGAAGAUCCCCGCAGACAAGAUCAGCAAGGAGGCGCUGCUGGAGUGCGCGGAUCUCCUCUCGAGCGCCAUCGCCGAGCCCACGCCCAACAGCCAGCUGGUGGACACGGGGCACCAGCUGCUGGAUUACUGCUCAGGCUACGUGGACUGCAUCCCCCACACGCGCAACAAAUUUGCCUUCCGGGAAGCCGUGAGCAAACUGGAACUCAGCCUGCAGGAGCUGCAGGUGUCCUCGACAGCUGCUGGCGUCCAUGGGGCAAACCCCGUCCUUAAUAACUUAUUGUCAUGUGUCCAAGAAAUCAGUGAUGUGGUGCAAAGGUAGCUACUGUCAAUCUGGGUAAGAGAAACACACACGGGGAGGGCGGGACUGUUUUUCUGUACUGAUGCUUUCAAAAGGAAAGACUGAUACUUGAGUAUGUGAAGUACCUCAGAUCACUGAGUUCUCCUCACGUUUACAGGUUCAUCUCAAAAAAUUGGGGAUGGAGAGGGUAGAUUAAAGCUGGAAGGGGCAGAACAUCAAGGAUCUGUCCCUACCUAGUCAGGCUGAUCUGCUUGGUAUGGCAAGAGGAAGAAAGUUCCUUCUCCUCCCCUGGAGAGGCAGGAGAACCAAUGGCAGGUUCUCCCUCUGGGCAGGACGGUGGUGACAGCCAGAGUCGUGGGGUGGCUGCAGCUGCCUGGCUGCACAGAUCCUGCCCUGGCUGCACUCACCUGUGCUUCGCUGUCCUGACAAGGCCAAGGAAAGGCACUGGGGCUCUGCUGGUACCAACGGCAGAGCAGCCGGAGCGGCUCCGGAGGGGAGUCGUGUGCAGCUGGGGGAAAGGUCUAAUGCACUGACAGUAUUCAGAGCUGCUGGAGGUGGAUGCACUGGUCUGCAUGGCUUGACUUCCACAGCGCUGUUGCUGCUGUAAUGAGAACUGCAAGAUUAGUUAAUAUAUGAAACUGUCCCUUUUCCCUCCUGUCCACCUCAUCCACCACGUUCUCAUCGUCAUUGUAUUGGAAGCAUCAGGGAUGCUGGGCAGGCUUACCACUGGAAUUCCCUCUUCCCACCACACAGCCUUCACUCAGCUGAUACCUAUUUCUAGUGGUCUAGCACAGGUGCUGCUUGAUGGUCAUUUUUGAGUAGUUUGGGGCUCUUGCACAACUUGCCAGUGUUGUUGUUGGGGUGGGUGGGUUUUUUUUAAGCUCUAGAUUGUUUUUAACUUGUUACCAGGUUGACUCCCCGGUUCAGUUUGAUCACCGUGAGGACCCAUGGUAGGUAAGGCAGAGCCUCUGCUCCCCCUGGCUGUUCUCCACACAGUCUCAGCACUGCAGGGCCAGCUGGAGAACCAGAAAGUACAGCCCAGCCUGCCCACCAGAUGUCCUUACUGCUGCAGGAUUCCCUGGACCUGUCCCUAACCUUCACACUGCCAGAUUCCUGGGAUUUGUUCUGAUGCUUACUUGUCUCACAGGCUUCCAGCUUUCCUGCAUCCCAAGGUGAUAGAGUAUGGCAGCACAGAGGGAAACACCACAGGCAUCUCCAUGUAUUUAUUCCUGUAUUUUAAAGGCUAGACCAGAAUCCUUCGCUGUGCUGUAGGGCACAACCUGUGCACUCCUCUGCCUGAGGCGUGGCAACAAAAGCUGUGGCUCUACCUUGAAGGGCUCCCAAUGUGUCUCUAAUGCCUUCUAACAACCCCAGAAUGAGAGCAGUGAGUGGCUGGCAUUGUCAUCCUUGGUCCUGGUGCUGUUGGCAGGCUGCUGUGGCCUCAAAAAGCUUGUCUGUGUCUA